UUGGCAUCGCUGCUCUCCUCUAUUACUCUCUCUCUCUCUCUCUCACUCUGUGUCUCAGAAAAAUAAUUUUGCUUACAAUUAUUAUUUUUUUCGUUGGGUUUUCCCCAAAAAUAAAAUAUUUGCUGUUAAUUAGGAAGAUACUGAAACGAAAGAGAAGGCAGAAAAAAGGAGCUUCGCUUUUAUUUUUGGUAUUUAUUAUAUUUUUUUAUUGUUUAUUUAUUUUCUGGGGCUAAAAACGGUGAGAGAUGCGAUCCCGGACCUUACACUUGGAGACAGAGAGAAGAGAGAAAGAGAGACCAAGCAGGGACUUUGUUGGCAUCGUCCAUGUCGAACUAGUCCAUAAAGCAAUUGAGUUUGCCAGCUGAAUCGUGGUCGUUUUGUCGGGCAAGGAGGUUUCACUUCUGGUUUUGAACCUGUGUUUUCACGGCGAAACGAAACAAGAAAAAAAAAAAAAAAAAAAAAAAGGGAAUUGGGGUCUACUUCUUCUGCUGUUGGAAAACCCUAGGUCCGUACACCCGACCUGGUCUUUCUGCUUAUUGUUUUCCCCAAGAAAUUUCUGUUCAUCUUUGGAAUGCAUCUAUGUUAAAUGUUAAGUUGAUCUGGUGAGGAUAACUCCUGGUUCAAAAUUGAUGGUGUUACCCUGGACUUUUCCUGAUGAUAUGAGAGUUAGGCUGGUGCAAAUAAUAUGUCUGCGCUAGUUCCUACUAAUAGUGACUGGGAAUUAUAAAUUUUUACUGGUUUCAUGUUGUAUUUGAUGGUGUGCAGUGUUGGUUUGGUAACUUCAGUUAAGAGUUGAAGUGAUGCAGUAAUAUUGUUUCUACAUUUGUGAUAGUAGAUCUUGUUUUCAUUGUUUCAAGUAUUUUGGGGUUUUCAAGUUUAUUUGGCUUCGAAGGAAUUAUAUAUCAUCUCCAUGAAGUCACUGAAUUCUUCUACUAUUUUUUGUUGACCAAAAGAAGAUGCUACCAAAUUGGAAAAAACCUCUCAUAAACUUGAAACUUGCCUCCUUGUUGUGCUUUGAAUUCAUGUUCUCUGGCAUAUGUAGGAGUAAAGAGGGUGUCAACCGUGUUAUAUAAGAAGAAAGCAUGGAGCAUGUUAUGGAGAAAAGAUAUCCUGUUGAUGCAAAAGAUUAUAAGUUGUAUGAAGAAGUUGGUGAAGGGGUCAGCGCCACUGUGUAUAGGGCUCUCUGCAUUCCAUUUAAUGAGAUAGUUGCAAUCAAAGUUCUUGAUCUGGAAAAAUGUAAUAAUGACCUGGUACGUGUGAGAAUAGCUCUUGAUGGUAUCCGGCGAGAGGUACAGACAAUGACCUUGACUGAUCAUCCAAAUUUACUACGUGCUCAUUGCUCUUUCACUGCUGGGUACAACCUUUGGGUCGUGAUGCCAUAUAUGGCAGGGGGGUCAUGUCUGCACAUUAUGAAAUCUGCUUAUCCAGAAGGUUUUGAAGAGACUGUUAUUGCUACUUUACUGCGUGAGGUUCUCAAAGCUCUUGUUUACCUCCAUGCACAUGGGCACAUUCAUAGAGAUGUGAAGGCUGGUAAUAUAUUAAUUGACUCUAAUGGUGCAGUCAAGUUAGCUGACUUUGGAGUGUCUGCUUGCAUGUUUGACACUGGUGACAGGCAGCGUUCUAGAAACACUUUUGUUGGAACUCCUUGCUGGAUGGCUCCUGAAGUUAUGCAGCAACUGCAUGGAUAUGACUUUAAAGCUGACAUCUGGUCAUUUGGAAUUACAGCACUUGAACUUGCUCAUGGCCAUGCCCCAUUUUCGAAGUAUCCACCAAUGAAAGUUCUUUUGAUGACUCUACAAAAUGCACCUCCAGGUCUUGACUAUGAAAGAGACAAGAGAUUCUCAAAGUCUUUUAAGGAACUGGUAGCUGCGUGCUUAGUGAAGGAUCCAAAGAAGCGUCCAACCUCAGAAAAGCUUUCGAAGCACCAUUUUUUCAAACAUGCACGCUCAAAUGAGUACUUGGCCCGUGCAAUUCUAGAUAAUCUCACUCCAUUAGGUGAUCGUUUUAGGAUGCUAAAGGCGAAGGAGGCCGAUCUUCUUGUGCAGAACAAGGCUCUCUAUGGGGAUAAGGAGCAAUUAUCACAGCAAGAGUACAUUCGAGGAAUCAGUGCGUGGAAUUUUAACCUUGAGGAUCUGAAAAGUCAGGCUGCCCUUAUUCAGGAUGAUGACAUUUCACAUGCAGAAGAUCCACAUGUGAAUAAGAAGGUAAGGGAAAUCUUGGAAGAUGUUAGGUUUCCAGCAGAAAGGGGUCCACCUGAAAUGUCUAACCAAUCAAAUGCUACACCUAGCCAAGAGGAUGGGAUCAAUGGUCUUCCUGAUUUGGAGAGUUCUUUUGCUUCAUUUCCUAUUAAACCUCUUCAAGCACUUAAAGGCUGUUUUGAUGUAUGUGAGGAUGAGAUGAGUGCGAAUAGUCCAAGAACCAUGGAUCGAGAAAAUGGAAGAAAUGAUGGGGAAUGUUCUGGGCAAAAUAAUGUUUUACCACGUCAUGUCAUGCCCGAACAUAGAAAGUUUUUGAGUGGUUCUCUUCUACCGGAUAAUGCUCUUUCUCCUAGAAAGGGUAUUGGUGAUGGGGAUAGGGAUUAUGCACAAUCAAAAUUUCAAGCAGAACGUAACUAUAGUGGGCCAUUGCUGUAUCGCCAAAAGCGAGAUUCCAAUAACUCUUCGUCUGCAGAGGAUACAUCAGAAGGAGCAGUUGUCCAACGUAAAGGGCGCUUUAAAGUCACAUCUGCAGAGCUCAGUCCCAAGGGUCUUACAAAUUGCUUCUUUAACCCAAUUUGUGGAGGUUUGACUAGUCCAACUGCCCUGAACCUUACGGCCACGAGUGUUCUCCCAUCAUUACAGUUCAUUCUGCAGCAGAAUUCCAUGCAAAGGGAAGAGAUAAUUAAAUUGAUCAAGUAUGUGGAACAAACCUCUGGCAAGCAAGCUGAAUCAGCUGAGGCAGGAGCUGGUGACCUUUUGCAGAUACCUCCUGCCUCCUCACGAGAGAGAGAGCUGCAGUCUCAGGUGAUUCAUUUACAACAGAGCAUUGGAAGCCUUGUUGAAGAAUUGCAAAGACAGAAAUUGAAGAAUGUCCAGUUAGAAAGACAACUGAAUGCUUUGGUCAACAAAGAGUAAGUUUGAGAAAGAAAUUUGGUGCUGUCACUACCAGACCAUUGAGAAACCCUGGUCAACAAAGGGGAGACGAUAAGAGAAGAAAACGAAGCACGGAGUCGAUGUCAUUAGGACUGCCUAAAAGAAAUUUUUACCAUGUGGCAAGGUUUGUGAGGCUGCAACCGUUGUGCAAAAUAUACGAGGUUGUUUUCUUCUUCUUCUUCUUCUUCUUCUUCUUGUAUUUCUAGUGUACCAUAUGUGUGAAUGGUGUGUUAUGCAGACAACGAAAUUUUGAGAUGCUUUUCUUUCGAGUCUCAAAUUGUGUAACAUGUAAUUUAUUUACUCAUUUUGUAAUUAUAUUAACAGUUUAAAAUGUCUCCCUCUGUUGUCACACGCAUACUCGCGCAACAUAGCAUACUCGUGCAACAGAGUAUGCUCCCUUUGAUUAUCAGUUAGAGUUUGUUUGUUUCA